UCAGAGGACACCUGUGGCCUUGGAUUUUAACCUCAGUGAUGGGAAAACUUGAAAAUACUUCCUGGACCCACGAUCCUCUCAUGAAGUACUUGAACAGCACGGAGGAGUACCUGGCUCACCUCUGCGGACCCCGGCGCAGCCACCUCUCCCUCCCAGUGUCUGUGGCCUAUGCGUUGAUCUUCGUGGUGGGGGUGAUGGGCAAUCUUCUGGUGUGCCUGGUGAUCCUCCGACAUCAGACCUUGAAAACACCCACCAACUACUACCUCUUCAGCCUGGCUGUCUCAGACCUGCUGGUCCUGCUCUUUGGGAUGCCUCUGGAGGUCUACGAGAUGUGGUACAAUUACCCCUUCCUGUUUGGGCCGGUGGGCUGCUACUUCAAGACCGCCCUCUUCGAGACUGUGUGCUUUGCCUCCAUUCUCAGUGUCACCACGGUUAGCAUAGAGCGCUAUGUGGCCAUCGUCCACCCGUUCCGAGCCAAGCUGGAGAGCACGCGGCGGCGGGCCCUCAAGAUCCUCAGCCUGGUCUGGGGCUUCUCUGUGGUCUUUUCUUUGCCCAACACCAGCAUCCAUGGCAUCAAGUUCCAGCACUUUCCCAAUGGGUCCUCCGUGCCCGGCUCUGCCACCUGCACAGUCACCAAGCCCAUGUGGGUGUACAACUUCAUCAUCCAAGCCACCUCAUUCCUCUUCUACAUCCUCCCGAUGACCCUCAUCAGCAUCCUCUACUACCUCAUGGGGCUCAGACUGAAGAAAGAUGAGUCCCUUGAGGCAGACAAAGUGACUGUGAACAUUCAUAGACCCUCCAGAAAAUCAGUCACCAAGAUGCUGUUUGUCUUAGUCCUUGUGUUUGCUAUCUGCUGGACCCCCUUCCAUGUGGACCGGCUCUUCUUCAGCUUCGUGGAAGAGUGGACUGAGUCCCUGGCUGCUGUGUUCAAUCUCAUCCACGUGGUAUCAGGCGUCUUCUUCUAUCUGAGCUCAGCUGUCAACCCCAUUAUCUAUAACCUCUUGUCGAGACGCUUCCGGGCAGCCUUUCGGAAUGUCAUCUGUCCUUCCUGCAAGUGGUGCCAUUCCCAAGAUCUCCCACCAGGACCUCCAGCCCAGAAGAUCAUCUUCUUGACAGAAUGCCACCUUGUGGAGUUGACAGAGGAUGCAGGCCCCCAGUUCCCCUGUCAGUCAUCCAUCUACAACUCACACCUCUCCACAGACCGUUGUGCUGGGCAGGUACCAUGAAGGGAGUGGUCAGAAGGCCACUUCAGAAGGCCUGGAUUCUGUGGAGUGACAUCCCUCUAAGCCCCAGCACUGCAGGAGGGACUUCCUGUCACCUGUGCCUCCUGUGUGCCAUUAGGGAGAUAACAAGAUUCUUAGAUCCCAUGUACUCCUUGCUUUUAUUAAUGUAAAACUCCAGACUUCAUUCUAGGUCACAGUGCAGACAUUGCUGAUUUAGACAUUCCAUCUUUCUGUAUGGUGAGUUUUCAUAACUGUGAUUGCAAUGUGCCACGUGAGUCCUACUUGAAGACAUUCUCAUAAUGGUUGAGUUUAACAGAGUGAAGCAUUACAGAGUAGCUAAGCAGCACAGCACAGUUUUGCCAACCUCCAAACCCAGGACUCAUAAGAAACUACUGGUGGUGAGCCAGUGGCUAGCUCAGAAGCCCUCGCUAAAGCUUACCCCUCCAAUAGUUAGGACUUUUGCAAGCUUGUUAGCGAAUGAGCGAUGACUUGAAAUCAGUCAUAGCGGAAAUAUUUAUGCUACAGAAAUUAACAAGCUCUCUAAAUCAGGGCUAAAUAAUUUUUAUCCCCUGGAGAGCUGGCCCGUGAGCAGGUGGAGAGCUAU